AUGCCUUUAACGUCAGAUCUUACGCUCGAUGCGAGCAAGUUCGACCCAAAAGCGAUAGCGAAAGAGACGACCGAGCUCAAUGACAAGCUCAUGAAGAAGAUGGAAGGUCAGCCUAGGUGGUGGGAAGUUGGCGCAGAGAAGUACAGGCAGAUGAGAUGGAAUGGCGAGACGCCGCUGCCUAAGCCUGUCGUCCUCGACUCCGGGAAGAACAUCGAGCUCUCCUCCCGCGACCAAGGCCGCAAGAUUCCAUGCCGAGUCUUCCACCCCGAGAACGGCAAACCCAAAGGCAAUACGAACCUCGCGAAUGACUGCCAGCUUGUCGUGAUCUCGGUCGGAUAUCGACUUGCUCCUGAGAACCCGUACCCAGCGCCAAACAAAGACUGCUACGACGUUGGCGAGUACCUGGUCGACAACGCCGAGAAAGACUACGGCGCACCAUUACUGUUCAUGACUGGCGGCUCAGCUGGUGCACACCUGAGUGUGGUCACUUGCUACCAUCUCCUCAAAGCGCGGCCCGACUUUGCCUUCAAAGGCUUGAUCUUGAACUUCGGAGCCUACGACCUCAGCGGUUUCCUCCCGCAAGCGCACCACUUCGAUCUCCCUCUGGUCUUCGACGUAGACUCAAUGCACCAUUUCAUUGAAGCCCACCUCUCCAACACCACUCCUGAACAGCGACGGGAUCCCAUGAUGAGUCCCUUCUUCGCCGACCUGACGGAGAUGAAGCUGCCCUCUGCGCUGUUCACUGUCGGCACGCUCGACUGCCUGAUGGACGACAGUGUGUUCAUGAGCGCUAAGUGGAGCAUGGCGGGUGCGGAGAGCAUACUGAAAGUUUACCCAGGCGCACCGUACGGCUUCGUCUUCUUCCCUCCCAAGGACAGCUCGCCAGAAAUACAGGAGUCUCUCGACGAUAUCCAUACGUACAUCAAGGAGCGCAUGUAA